AACCGACUCCAACACAGCUCUAUUUUCCAUAAUUCACACUUCUGCUCUCUUCACAGAUCCGAUCAAAACCAGCAAUGGGGAUAGAAGUUGCUGAUGCUUGUAUGGACAAGGAAGCUGAUUGUGUCAUAGUUUAUUCAAACGGUGUUUCCCAUGAUUCUGAUCAUGAAACGAUUCCCAAUCAACAUGAUGGUGUGGGAUUAUACGUUAAUGGGGAUCCUAAACAACAGGGUGUGGAAGAGUGUGUUGAAGUAAAAGAAUAUGAAGUGAAGUUGUGUACUACUGAAACCUCAAUUGAAAAUUCUGGAGUCAAUCAUAUGGAAAAAAAUAAAGAUGAGCGGCACAUGGCAAACUCAAAUCUGAAAGCUGGCUUGCCGAAGGAGAAGGUCAAACCAGAAAAUCUGAAAACAAAGGAUAAUACUAAGUCGCGAGUAGCUAUGAAACGUGCACCAAAAGAUGCAUCACAUGCCACUUCUGGAAAUAUUCGGACAAAACACACUAUUCCACAGCCAUUUUCUCUGGCAACUGAAAAGCGUGCUUCAAACGGAGCUCGUCCUGCUGCAGCUGAACCUUAUGCUGCCAUUGCAAUGAAUAAAUCAUCUAGUGCAAAUGGUGUGCACCAACCAACCACAAAAAAGAAGAAUCAGCCGCCUAUGGUGCUGAGGAUACCAUUGCAACCCAAGAACAAGAAGCAUCCUGAUGAGGAAGAUUCUUGUUCUGUAGCUUCCUCAACUGCAGCAUCUUCUCGGACUAUUAAGUCCAUGAUGACUGUUGCAGCAGCUCCUGCAUUUAGAUGUACAGAACGUGCAGAGAAACGGAAGGAGUUUUAUUCAAAAUUGGAGGAAAAACAUCAAGCAAUGGAAGCUGAGAAAAGCCAGAGCGAAGCAAGGACCAAGGAAGAGAUAGAGUCGGCUAUCAAGCAAUUUAGAAAGAGUUUAACUUUUAAGGCUAACCCAAUGCCAAGCUUCUACCAUGAGGGACCACCACCAAAAGCUGAACUGAGAAAGAUGCCACCAACUCGUGCAAAAUCACCAAAGCUAGGACGAAGAAAGAGCAUUAGUGAUGCGGUCAGUUCAAAUCAAGGAGACAAAGUGAAAGGAGCUUGUCAUCGGGGAAAUCUUCAGAGUGUUGGUAAAUACUUGGAAGACACCAACCCCCUUGGUUUCACAGAUGGAAAGGAUUUAAGCGACAUCCAGAAUGGUUAUUCCAAUUGUGAACUCAAUGAACCCAGUCAUGUGGAAGAUGUAAUUCUGCCCAUGGUAAGUGGGCAUGGUAAUGCAGACAUUGUUGAUGUCCAGUCUUAACUUUCUGGCUGAGUUUUGAAAACGAUAUCUGGAAUUGAGAAGUGGUUGUCUGGAUAGAAACUGCCGGAGGGUGCUGGCAUGUUGCCUAGGACCGUUCAAUAUGGUUUUGGGACUCAUCUGGUGCAGUGACAUUAUCCAAAUUGUACUUGUAACAUUGGUUUCAAAAUGUUUGAAACUAGUGAAGAUUCUGAACUCAUUGGUCAGUUUGUAUUUUAGUGUGUUGUAAGUAAUGUUAGUGCUAUUUGGUUACUUAAUCCAUUGAAGAGGUAUAAAGUAAGAGGCAGAGGAGCCCACUAAUUGUGGUUUUA